UUACUUAUGUUGUUUGCGUUUUAAACUUGCGGAGAAUAUUUUUAUUUUUUUUUUUUUUAAUAUAAACAUUUCCAAACAGUGUUUUUCAUGUUUUACUUAAAAAUAAUUGAAACAUUAAAAUGUUCGCUUUAUUAAGCGAAUUAAAAUUAUGGACUUUAAGUGAUGAUGUUUGUAUUAAGGACACUGACUUUGGAGCAUUUCGAUAUUAUGACAAACGAAUUGAAAAUGUUUACGCCGAAGGAAAACGUUCAUAUUGCGAAAAGCGAGGAAUUAUUUACACACCACAAAAUAAAAAGGGAAUAAAAUUAAAAGAUUCGUUAAAAUAUUUGGAGGAACAAUUAAAAGAUCAUUUAACAAUUUACUGUCAAUGGAACGAUCAUUGUACAGUCACUUUAAUGCUGGGAACUGGUUUACUAAUUUAUAUUCAAAUAAGUGUUCAAUCAAGUGACAUAGAAAAAAUUGUUUUCGAUAAAUAUUUGGUCGGAAAACUUUCUGAUCAUAUUUCUGACGUUGUAAUUACGAAAAAUCAUUUGAUUUGCACUUACAAUGACAGUCAAGUAACGUUGGUGCAUUUAACAAAAUCAAAGAGACACUUUUUCGACAAAAUUAGUAGAUUGGAGUCGAAGAUAAAUUCCAUCGAACUCUGCGGUCCAAGUAGUCGGAGACUUGACAAAAAAAUUCAAUCCAAUCGUUCCGGCGAUUUAAUCUUAAUUUGGUGGAAAUCGGCGAUGAAUGAAAUUUAUCCCUGGAGUCCAACGAUAAAAGAACACGAUCGAGCAAAUGUGCAAAUUCACCGACUAACUGGGUCUAAAAUGGAGUUAAUUUGUUAUUUGCGCACCGAGUACGAGCCACUUUGCAUAACAUUCAGUACUUAUCACGAGAAUGUUAUUCACUCGGUGGAACAAAAAGUCUCCCGAAAGGGCGAAGUGACAAUCGAAUGGAGAACGUACGAAGUUUCGCAGCAGGAUAAAUUACAGAGGAUAACUGUCGUUUCGAUACCACUGUCAACGCACACGAGUUGCGUGAAAUUUUCGCCAAAUCAAGAAAUGCUUUUGCUUUGUUGUAUCGAUGGUUCGAUAACAUUGCACGAUCAACCGAAAGGCACUAGUAACACCGUAAAAGCCGCUUUUAUUCCGACAUUUGCGAGUUGGCACGGAGACGGAAUUAUUUUCUCAAUCGGCAACGAAAGAGGACAAUUUCAACAUUUUGACAUUGCAUUUUCUUGCAUUAAAAGUCAAAUGUUAACUGAAGAGGCAACACCGACAAAUAUUCUCGAUCUUUCUUUAUAUUUUAGAAAUCAACCGGUACUUUUUCGUAUGGAAUGGAGUAAAUUGCCAGAUCCAGAUAUUCACAUGCAACAUUUCGAAAAGAGAGAUUCUCUCUUUCUAUUAUUAUUCGAACGAGGUCCAAUGGGUGUUUUAAAAAUAAUCGAAGGUUCGAAUUUUCCCGGCGACGCUCUCAUUGAAAAUUAUCUAAAACUCGAAUUACCUGACAAAGCAACGUCUCUUUUACUCUCAAUGAAUUGGGACCUACACACGAAAAGUUGUAUCCAUUCUCUCAAUCAAAUUGUCAAUUAUCUUUUUAAAUUUCCCCUGACACCCGAGAGAGAACAUUUAAUUCAAAUUGCUUUGGGAAGUUUUCACGUACCAGUGAGGCCAAUAAGUCAAAUAGUUGAGGAGGAAUAUGGCGAUGAAAUUCGUGAUAUAACGAGAAGAUUUUUUCAUCAUCUUCUAAGAUUUCGACUUUUUGAAAAAGCAUUUCGAUUAGCGAUUGAUUUGAACGAUCACGAUCUAUUUAUGGACAUUCAUUUCUAUGCAACGGCGAUGAAAGACACAGAAUUGGCGAACGCAGCGAAGGAAAAGGCGGAACAAAUUUUAAGCCGUUCGAAUAGUUGCGAUAGUUCACAUUCGACAUGUUCACGAGCCUCAUGUUCACUCUGCUCCGAUUCACUAAGCGAAAAAGAUUCCGACUCCUACUCCGAAGAAUCAGAAAACGACGGCAGUGGAAUAACCGAAAAAUUACGUCGCCUCAAAAAUUCCAACAAUCAAGCUCCACCACUUCCGGUUCUACAUUCAUCACUCUACACCAACACUUUCACCGAUCAUCCGAAUUACGAAAAAUCCGACAUCAAUCUUCGAUCAUCGGCUUUCAAUUUACCCACCUACGCACAGGGUCAAUUCACCGCCUCACGACAACAGAUGAUAAAUUCGAAUUUCUCCCAAUCACUCAGCAAUAUCGAGAGUCUUCUGCCCGGUUUCGGAAAUUUGAGUCUCCACUCGAAGGUCUUUAAUAAUUCCAACAAUUCCGCCUGCGACGCUUUUGGAAAAUUUGGAAUCGACGAAUCCUAUUCGAAGCCGACGACAAUGUUCGGCGAGGAAAAUUUUGAGGGAACACUCGGAAAAUGUUUCAAUAAAGAAAAAUUGCUCGAGAUGAAGAAUUUUUCCACUCCUUCGCUGUUGGAGGUUUCGGAGGAGAUUUCCGGUCUUAAUUCCUCGUCGUUUAAUGGAAAACGAAGUCUUUUCAAUCCUGUGAGUUCGAUUUUGUAUUCGGGGAAUAAUUUCAGUUCGUUUCACGAUUCUGAUGAGGAUUCGGACGAUAAUGACGAGAACGAUGAGAAAAAUUAUGAUAAUGAUGACGAUGACGAUGACGGCGACGAUGAUGAUAACGACGAUGAUAAUAAUGUUAAUGAUGAUAAUUAUAAUAAUAUCGAUGACAAGGAUCAUAAAUUCCAUGGGGAAAAAUUCUCCGAAGGGAAAAUAAUCGAAAAAAGAGAAAAAGGGGAAAAACGAGAAAUUGGCGAAAAAAGAGAAAUUGGCGAGAAAAGAGAAAAAGGCGAAAAAAGGGAAAUAGGCGAAAUUGGCGAAAAAAGAGAAAAAGGCGAGAAAAAAGAAUUAGGCGAGAAAAGAGAAAAAGGCGAAAAGGGAGAAAAAGGCGAAAAAAGGGAAAAAGGCGAGAAAAGCGAAAAAAGAGAAAAAAGAGACGAAACAAUAGAAGAGAGAAAAGAAAGAAGAGAAGAGAGAAAAGAAAGGAGAGAAAACGAAAGAAAGGGAAACGAGAGCGACUCGAAAAAAUCCGAAUACUCGCCCCUCGUUUUCCAAACAAUCGAGCAAAAAAAGAAUCAACGCCUCUCUCCGUUCGACAUUCCGCCCCCGCCAUCAAUGUCAACAAGUCUAGCGAAAUACAUAAAAAAUUUACCGAAAAAAAAUUUCCCUCUCUCCCGAAGUACACCAGGAUUAGAUCUCGAAGACCCAGUGCUGAGAUUGCAAAAUUCGAGGCAAAAUUCGAGUUUGUUUUUGUUGAAUCAUAAUUAUCAUCAUCAGAGUUAUCAAAAUCAAAAUCACCAGCAACAACAGCAGCAGCAGCAACAACAACAGAGAAAUAAUAGUAAAUUUAAGACUAGAAAUUAUAGACUGAAUUAUGAUAUUAGUCAUCUGCCGAACUCACCUUGUGCGGUGAGUUGUGAUAAUUUGUCGAGGAGUCAUUAUCAUCAUCAUUAUCAGCAGCCGCAACAGCUUCAUUAUCAGGGUGGGAGAAAUUUUAUGGAUUCGACGACGACGGCGACGAAGGAAUCGAGAUUUCGAAUUGGACAGCAUUUGAUUAAUAAGGAGAAGAAAUUUUCGAAUAUCCCACCGCUGCCGGUUAUUAAUUCGAGUUAUAAACAUUUCCCUCUGAUGGACGUGCCGAAUGUUAUGAAUGAAAAGCCGAAAGUCAAAUUUUCUGAUACUGUCACGCAUAUUCUUGUUCCUGGAAGUGGACAAAUUUACAGGCCACUGCAAAAAAGAUCAAUGAUGCAAUUACAUCCAAUGGAUCCAAAGAGAGAAUUAGCUGAAAGUUUACCUCUUUGUUUAGGAAAUGAUGACUAUCUCAAGGAUUUUCAACCUCUGUCAAAAGAAGGAAGCUCAAAAACAAAAGAACCUCCAAAACCAGAAGAGGUUGCAAAAAUAAAAGUCGUUCACUUUGGCCUCUUAUAAAAAAAAUAAGAAGAGAAAGAAAAAAAAACCUACUUUACAGUAAUAAAAAAAAGCAAUACGAAUAUUAUAAGUUUUUUUUAUAGAAUAUUUAUAGUAUUUUAUAUUUUUGUACAGA